CAUCGAACGUAGUAAGACGCUUAUCGUCGCUCGUUUCGCACCCGAACUAGUGUGCUUUUCCUGCUUAGUUUGGGGCUUCGAGCCGAACGGAUCGUUUCUGUUUUCCCCUUCACCCCCCGGGAAUCCGGUGGAGCGCCACCCUGGGCAGUUGUUAUCAGUGAACAGGAAGGAUUUUCAGAAGCAGGUUUUUAGUUUUGGGGAAGCAUUCGCCUUGAACAGUGCGGUGAUAGGGAACUCGGUGAUCAACGGCAUUUUGGAAAAACUGGCUUGCCGUUAAACCGUGGUGGAAUUGUGUAAAUCCGUUCGAAAAAGAAAAAAAAAUGUUCAGAGAAGAAACGAAACAGCGAAUUCGACAUUCUGCAAAAGACGAGCGCUCGUUGCUAAUCCUCGGGCACAGCUAUAAAAACCAGAAACGCGCGCGAGUAUCGGCUUAAGUAAAGACGACAGAACAAUAUAUGCGACCGGUCCGAGGCUCAAAAUCCGGUAAACUAUUUAUAAGAAAAGCCCUCGACGAUCCACCGCAAGUUUGCCAGCAUCAGCGAGUGUGUUGUUUUGAAAUCUACUCACAUGUGAGCCCACCUCGAGUCGAAAUAAAUACACGAGGAAGCGAAAGCGGGCGAAACAAAACAUGAUAAAUUUGUUUUUGUGUUAAUUUUUAAUCUGAUUAAGGAAGGGUUAAUUAAUGCAUUUAACAUUAAUUCGCGAGCAGGGCAAGAACAAGCAACACGGUUCGAAAGAGAGUUGAAUUGUAGCCGGCAAAGGAUCACCGAUUCAAUGUCGUCGUGAGUCGGGCUGCAGUUUUUGUUUGCUUUGUGUGCAGUUUUCAGACUCGAAAGUGUCAUGAAGAACAACAACCGUUGAUGUUUCGAAUUUUCGUGAUAGUGCACAAAACAGCGACCGAACCAGCCGACUUUUGGUGGUCGAUUGGCUGUGGGUUUUCAAAUGAAGCAAACCGAUCAGCGCCGUCCCAGCCGCGGCCGUGUAACAGUGUUGUGAAGCAAUACACUUGAGCCAGAAGCAAUAGGGAACGAACGAAACAAUUGAAAGUUGGGGAACGGGUGCAUGUUCUUUGGCAUGGAUUUUCAGAGUGCAAUGGAGACUUUCGCCGAAGCCUGGGUAGCCGCGAGUGCUGGAGCACAGACACAAGCUUUGGCCCUGACACGUCCUAAAUCACCGAAGAAGGAAUCGUCCGUACCAGUAUCGCCAUCGAAUGGUCGCGAGGUGGAACUGUCCAGUCCGAAAGUACACCACCAAUCUUCGGCCUCGUCAAUCGUAUCGGAUCAUCCCAGCGCCACCGGUGAUAAUCUAACCGGCUCCAGUGUGAGCAAUUCAAUCGCAAACGCUAACGGUGGCGCCUCCCUCGGCACUCCUCACAGCCAUCCGACAAUCAGCGUGUCGCAAUCGUUGAUGGGAACGGCCAUCAAUCGCUCGCUGACCCCACGGAUCAAUGUGUCCGCUUCGUCGAUGACGGAAAACGGUUCCGGUGCGAACGCCAGUAUCAAUAUUAACAACGCCAACAAUAGUAACACCAACAAUAAUAGCAACAACAACAUGAGCAGUAGCAGCAUCCCUGUCGGGUGCCACCCACCACAGACGCCCAGUAACGGAGCCGAUCGAGGGAUUCCCCCGUCACCGGUGGCGGUCGUGGCAGCAGCUGCCGCCGCUAUGCAGGAUCGAAAGGAUUUCGAUUUCAGCAAAGUCAACGCUAAAUCCUUGCCACUUCAUUGUGUGGUUGAGUCUGUCAGCUCCCUGCAGGCGACGUUGAACUUUGACGCCCGGAGCCCCUGGAAACGGCGACCGAACAUCGAAACUGACAGCUACGUCAUCAUCCCGGCAGCGACGUCGUUCUGUGAUAUCGUCACGACCGCCCUGCAGCGGCUUGGCUAUUCCUCGGAGAUUUCCAACGCAGCCAGAGGAUCAAUCUCCAUCAAGAACUGGAAGGCACUUUCGCUGGACGCCAUCUCCGACAAUCCGCUGGUCUCGGUUAACGACAUCCUUGGGGAGUUGACCUCGGUCGUAACGCUAAAGAUCACCAUCCUGCGGCACAAACCCUCCCAGCUGGCGGAGAUCAAGGAUAAGCUGCUCAAACUGCUAAUACUGCAGUCCCAUGCCGUACUGCGAUCGACCGGCUGCCCGCUGGAUGAGAUCACUCUAUCCCAGAUAUGUCGUAGUCCGCUACAGAACGCAUUCCCCUUCACGCCGGAAAUCACCGACGAGGUGCGGCGGAAGUUCGAUCAAUGGUGGAGUAAUCAGCUAGCUCCCCAGCCGAACCCAAUCGCCCACAAAAUUCUCCCUUUUGCCAAUGCCCCACCGAGCGAGCUGGACUUUGGCAACUUCAACAUGCAUGAGAAUCGAGAUGCGCUGCUGGAGAACCGUCCGAACCCGCAUCACAAUCUGGUAGUGCACCCAGCUUUGCAAACCGUACACUCGCAGUAUCCGAACCAGAAGACUCGCAUGAGAACAAGUUUCGAUCCGGAAAUGGAACUGCCUAAAUUGCAACGAUGGUUUCAGGAGAAUCCGCAUCCAUCCAGACAGCAAAUUCAAUCUUAUGUCGUUCAGUUGAACUCGCUAGAAUCGCGACGCGGCCGGAAGCCUCUGGAUGUGAACAACGUUGUUUAUUGGUUCAAAAACGCUAGAGCCGCUCAAAAGAGGGCCGAAAUGCGCCAAGGAAUGACCAAUGGGUACGGAAAUCCGGGUAUGAUGUUAUCCCAGCCCGAUUACAUGAAAAGUUCCCCCAGUGCUCCAUCGGAAGAUAUUGACAAUCUGUCCCAGGAUGAAAUGGAUGAUGAACUAGAUCGACCGAUGUCCCCACAGCUACCGCUGUCGCUGACCAUCCACGAACGCAAUCGUCCGCUAAGUCCCACCGAAGAUACCCCUAUUAAGCAGGAAAAUAAUCCAUCAUCUGCAAGCCCACCUCCGUCACCACCGCCACCGAACCACAUGCUGAACAUGAGCAGCAACAACAACAACAACGCCAACGAAUCGGCCAAUGAUUCUACCAGCCAGAAUGAGGCACCAAAAUCAAACUACUCCAACGAACGAUCCAGCUCGCCGCAGCGAUCCCGUUCGCCCGCCUCCGAAGACCUGGACAUGGACGAACCGGAGGGAAGCACCAUUGACGACUACCGCUCGCCCUCGCCGGAUUCCAAGCGAAACCUACCGUUUCCCAUCAACAAUCCGAUGUUCUCCCACUCGAUCAUGUACAUGAGCCACUACAUUCCGGCGAUGCAGGCAAAUGCCGCCGCAGGAAUGCACCUGAAGAACGAACUAAGUCCGACGAAUCAUGCCGCCCUGGGACAGGGUGGAUUGAAUCUAUCGUUCAACAGUGACGAACGGCGGAAGCGAAACCGAACCUUCAUCGAUCCGGUGACCGAGGUGCCGAAGCUGGAACAGUGGUUCUCGAUGAACACCCAUCCGUCGCAUAAUCUGAUCCUGAAGUAUACGGAGGAUUUGAACCGGAUGCCGUACCGUCAAAAGUUCCCCCGUCUGGAAAGCAAGAACGUCCAGUUCUGGUUCAAGAACCGCCGGGCCAAGUGCAAACGACUGAAGAUGUCCCUGUACGAUCCGGCCCAGCUGGCCAGUCUGGGCGAGCAGGCUCACCUGGCUAAUCUGCACGAUAGUUCCCAUCUGGCCCAGCUGCAUGAGGCUUCCCAGCUACACCAAUUUCAUCACGGGGGCGAUCGAGAUUGAACCGAGUGUGCGGCGUUCAGCACGGCUUCCUACCGCGAGCGAUUGUGGGAACGAGUUGAGAAAAACCAUGUGAUAUAAAGCGACAUGUGGUGUGUUUGGGGAUAGGUUUAUCACCGACAGAAGAAGUAUUUUCGCUCAAUAUUUGUAAGAACGGUGUUUUACUUUUGGGGAAUAGUUACUCCAAAGUAAGUGCUAGGUAAAAUUUAUACCAAAGAACGAAGGAUUUCUUUUUAGUUUUUUUUUCCUGUAAAUAGUAGAAAAGAUUAAUGUUGAUUUUGAACAGUUCUCUUAAAACGAUGAUACAUCUCCACUUCACUAGGAAAACUAAGUUCUGCAGAAUAGUUGUAAGAUAGGAUUUGAAACCGGAUCUAGCUGCAGAAUAUUCCGUACAUUUAAAAAUAAUCUCCGCCGACAACGUGCAUUCUCUAAUAUACAACAGAAGACUACACUUCCGAUUUCUCACUCGCUAGAAGAUGAAUUGUAAAUAGUGCCAAUGAAACACGACUGCGGCUCGAUGGGAUGCGACGAAUUUGUGCGUUUUCAGCGAUGAAUGGGAAUUACGCUCCUAAUUACAGAAAUAAAUGGAAUCAGAAAUAAGAGUAUAAGUACCGAAAGCAUAUCAAAGAGCGAUUGACAGUUUUAGCGAACAUCAGCCCCCGGGCUCACCCAAUCCUGUACAUAUCAUCCAUCAAACCGACAACAAAGAACUCGCAUCUCACGCGCUCACCCAAUUUCACAGCUCAAAUCGCUGAGCCGUUCAUUGGAACAUGAAAUUUAUGAUUAUUUAUUAAUUAAUGGCGGAAAAUAACCUGCAACCAAUUUGCAAUGGCCAACAAUCGGAAAUUACUGGGCUCGGGGCCUGCACCACUCGAUUCAAUGCUAUUAUUCAAUUAUUAAUUUAGUUUGGAAAGUUUUUCAUCCCCACCGACAACCGGACCGUGCGUCUCCUGCGCGGGAUGAAAAUCCAUUUUCCCAUGCGACUCUCCUUUAUUCAAAAACACGCGCAAUACACCACACGGCUUCAGGCGCUCAACAGUUGUCAAAAUCACAUUCGUUCGACUAUGGCACCACCGCACCAGCUCGGGCCGGAAACCUGCCUCCUGAUGAUCGUUGGUUAGUGACAGGCAAAAUAAGCUGACCAUAUCAACGUAUCUGAUUUAAAAAGUUUUGCCGCCGAAUCAUUCACUCUAUUUUCCGUUUCUAGAUUUAUUUUUUGCCCAUAAUCUGAUUGCCGCUGUACCAGUAGCAGCAGCAGCAGCAGCAACAAUAAGUAGCAUCAUUAUCACUCACCGAAUAAUAAGCCGCAUUAUUCCGAAUAGGUUAUUAAGCAUACAAUUUAUUAUUAUUUUUUAUGCAUGUUCUGGUUCCACUAUACGUAAUUCGAUUACUGUUUAUCCUUUUUAUGUUUUCCUCAACAUUAGUCACGCUUUGUUAGGUAUUUUGAUUGGAAAAUUUGAAAUUUAUGAAAACUUAUUGUUGGUAUCAAAUACCUUUAGUUAUUGUGUUAUUAUUUUGGUUCGCUUUAAUGUUUGAAGCGCUUGUCAUAAUAAAUUUUGAAAAUGAAAAUAAAACGAAACUGUAAAUAAAUUUAGCUUUAGUAUCUUUUUAGUCAAGUAGCAAAACGAGUAAUGUUUUCAAAACUAAAAACAACAUUGAUAUCAAAAGUAGCCGAUAAGGUUUUAAAUAAAUCAAUAGAUAAUAGCAAUUACGCAGGCUAGUAAGAAACACAGUCACUAAGUUGGUAGUAAGUAAAUAAGGUACUGCAUUCAAGUCUAGUGUAGUCGAUUAGAAAGAAUGUCGAAAAGGAGUAACGAAAUACAAGCUAAAUCUAUUGUAAAAUUACUAUUCAAAUUAAA